AUGAGUGAGAAACCACUUCUUGUGAACGUGGACAAAUGGAUUGCAGAGAAUGAAAAGGCCUUUCUACCACCAGUGAGUAGCAGUCUGUGCUAAUUUCAUUUAUAGACAGUUUCAGUUUUAGUUGCACACUCUGGUGUCGUUAGAUUUGUAAUAACUGUGUUAUUCACUAAACGAACUAUAACUUAUAAAGGCUUAAUAUAAAGUAUUCACAAGCAGAGCAUAGAUGCUUCACAAAUCUUCUAUAAGCUUCUAUGAAGCAUUUGUUGUUAUUUUAAAAUGGGACCAUGUUAUUAUCAUGUUGAGCUGUAAAAAAGUACUGUUUACCCCCUGACUAUCUUUAGUAGUCAAAUAGUAAUGAUUCACACUAUGUUGGCAAAGAUUGACAAAGGUAAUGAAUGUGAGCAAAGUGCAUGCUUUCAUAUUUUCUUUCUCCGCUAGGCAUUUUCAUCAGCUGAACAUCAUGUUUGUUGGAGGUCCCUACUCCAGAAAUGACUACAACAUAGAGGAAGGGGAGGAGUUAAGAUAAAAUGCCACCAUUCACCUAUGACAUUGGCCAAAUACUGUGGCAAAUGAUUGAAUGAUGUUCUUGAUUGUUGUGUGACCAUUGGCUAAGCUACUGACUGAGUUUAUGUGAGAAGGUUAGGCACAUGGGUCAGGAAAGAUUAUAUUGUGGCUGACUGAUUGCUAACUAACUAGCAUGGUAGUGUCCUUGCAUCAGUUGCUUACUUUCAGAUAGGGAUAUUGCAUAGGAAUGAUAUCGCAAGCACUUGCAGAAAAUGGGUAUUCAAAUGACUAAGAGAUAUUAUGUAUGCGAUAUAAGACUUAUAAGACUUAUUUAGGCUAUUUAAAGACUUUAUACACUGAGUGUACUAAACAUUAGGAACACCUUCCUAAUAUUGAGUUGCACCCCCUUUUGCUCUUAGCAUAGCCUCAAUUCGUCGGGGUGUCAAAAGUGUUCCACAAGGAUGCUGGCUGUUGACCCCAAUGCUUCCCAUAGUUGUGUCAAGUUCAAGUUGGCUGGAUGUCCUUUGGGUGGUGAACCAUUCUUGAUACACACGGGAAACUGUUGAGUGUGAAAAACCCAGCAGCGUUGCUGUACUUGACACACUCAAACCGGUGCGCCUGGCAGCUACUACCAUACCCCGUUCAACAAAGGCACUUAAAAUAUUUUGUCUUGUCCAUUCACCCUCUGUAUGGCACACAUACACAAUCCAUGUCUCAACUGUCUCAAGGCUUAAAAAUCCUUCUUCAACCUGUCUCCUCCCCUUCAUCUACAAUGAUUGAAGUGGAUUUAACAGGUAAUAUCAAUAAGGGAUCAGGAUUCACCUGGUCAGUCUAUGUCAUGGAAAAUGUUUUGUGCACUCAGUGUAUUUACAAAACAGAGGAUUGUACUUGCAUUUUCAAUAACAUAAUCUAGCCACUGGAGGUCAGCAUAAGCACAUUCAUAUCUUAGUGAGCACUUGAAUGUGAUGUGAAGCUGAAGAUAUCCUCCAUAUGAUGUAUCUGUUUUCUCUAGUCCGUAGUCAUUGCUUUUCACUGUCAUGUCCUCUCCCUGUCUUGUUUUGUGCAGCUCUACUAGGUGAAAGGGGACAUGUGUCUGAAGGUGGUAGAGAAUGGUAAACAUAAGGAUGUGCAUAUCCACGAGGCACUGGUGAGAGAAACUACAUUUAUUCCAAGCUUAUCUUGCCAAGCCGACUGUUUAACAUAAGUAUUAGUACCAUAACAAACUAUGCAGAUUUCUUAGGUUUGUGUUUGUGUCACACACACCCCAUGUCCACCUGUGUCCAUCUCUGGUCCUCAGAUGUUUCUGCUACCAGCUCAGAUCCCCCUCUCCCCCCAGAGACUGGAUAACACUGUGGGGCUGGUGGUGGAGAGAAGGAGGCUUCAUUCAGAGACAGACUGUUUAAGGUACCACCAUCCACCAUUUCUUCUUCUCCUUUACCUAUAUCUCACUCCUCUUACACACAACUCAUCCAUCUUCACAUCUCACAGCCCCUUCUCAUUGACACCCUUACAAGAGAUAGCAAGGAGGGAGAGAGUGGAGAGAGAGAAAGAGAGAGUGUGUAGUAAAUCAUGGCUCUUCGUGGUUUCGGGUACUAUAUGGAUGACACUACAGACAUCCUUUUUGAGAGACGGUCUUACUGUGAAAACCUGAGGACCCAGCUGGUGCCAGUGAUUCAAGAGUGAGACGUAUAUCAUUGAUUUUAGUCUGGCAUUAAACAGAACACUUUCUUUAGUGAACAUUAGUGCUCAGCAGUGAAUACUCAGCUGAUGCUGUGGUUCUCAGGUUUAUUGCGUCGGAGAAGCACGAAACAGGCAAGCCAAACCCAGGCGACUCCCCCUCUCACAAAGUGACAAUGGAAAAGGUGGGCUUCAAUAGGUUUUGCACUCUACUGAAUGAAAAUGCAUUAUGUAUCAUAUGUCCGGAUCUGCCCACCUUUUAUUUUUGUGUGGUUUUAAAUCGGGUUUGUGGAUAUUUAUCUGUGUGAGUGUAUCCCACUACACAAGAGCCCUGUUGGCCUAUGUGCUAUCUUUUAUGUGCUAUCGUAUCACACUGUGUGCUAUUCCUGUCUCUGACUGUCUAGAUGAGGUCUUCAGACAGCCUCCCUUCCACAUAAACACCUUGCAUGUGAUGACCCCCUUCCACUUCAGAGACUGAGUGGAAAAACAGCGGCCCUCCCUGGCCAGCGGACACCCCAUCGACAUGUUCAGGGCCCAGUUUGAGACAGAGGUGACACUGGAAUAUCCCAAUGAUGACUUAGCUAUUUGUUGACCUUUUACGUUGAUUGAAACCUUUCAAGCGAUCAACGACCAGUCUAGACUGAGCUCCCCCUGAUUCAAACUCAUGACUUGCUAAUAUUGAAAGUUUAAUAUACAGUAAAUUGCUCUGGAUUAUGUUGCUCAUUAGUGUAGUAGGAGGGAAGUGAGCUAUAGGUCUGUUUAUCAGACUAGUGAGUGUAUAGAUGAUGAGGAUGAUGAUGGUGGUGGUGAUAGUGAUGAUAUGAUGAUUGUGGUGAUGGUGGUGAUGAUGAUGUUACUCCUACUACUCUGUGACAGACCAUGCUGUAUGGACCCAGGCAAUCAGAGGUUUGUAAACGAGAAACUGAUGUCUGGAUAUGGCAGCAGGUACAGUAUGUCUCCUAUUACUAAUCUAUUAGAGAAUUUGCAUUUCUGUCACGUCAUCAUGCCUUCAGUAUUUAUUUACAUUUGUGGUAUUUCUCUCUUUUCCUUUCCCUCUCUCUGCUUCCUUCUGUCUAUUUGCACUUUCUCUCUCAACCUCUCUUCCUCUCUCAGGAGGGAUCCCCCCAUGUGACUCUGGAUGGCCAAGAGUUCCCUCUGUCCACAGGAGACAGUCUACUCAUUCCUGGACAUAGCCAGUGA